AGGAAAGCAGCCAUGUCUGAGAGCAAAGCCAGAAAGGAAGCUCCUACUGCUGCCUCAGCUGAGUGCCCUGUAUGUUAUGAGACAUUCCAGUCUCCAGCAGUAUCUCGUCGGAUACUGAGCUGUGGGCACAACUUUUGCCAUGACUGUUUGGUUAAGUGUUUUCUAGCUUCACAAGCCAAUGGUCGGCUGCACAAUGGCCUUGUGUGCCCCAUCUGUCGCUUCAUCACUUUGCUUUGCCAAAAGAGGACCUGCUGGCCUUCCAAGUCAGACCCAAAUGCUCAGUCACUCGAGCUGCCACUCUCACCCUCUUCAUUACCCUGUGGAGUGCCGAUGGGGUCUACAAACACUUUGGUGGUGCCUGGACAUUUUCUGAUGCCAUUAAAUAGUUAUAACAGUCACAGGAGCGUGUGUGGCUACCCUAAUAUGGACUCGGUGUUUCCUCCUGGUUUGGAGCGGGAGCCCAGCAUCUUCAUUAUCAGUCAGUGUGGAAUGCCACUGAUUGAAGAUAACUAUGCAGCUGUGCCUCAAGUCACCCGGGUGGAAGUUCCAGGAUCAGUGGAGUCCCAGAGUUCUCUAGGGAUGGGCUGCUUCUGGUCACCCAUUAUGUUGGCAAUUUUUCUUGUUUCUGCUGUUGCUCUGUUGGGGGCUGUGCUCCCCUGGUUGCUACUUGUGAAGAAGAAUGAAUGAACAUGUUGGAUGAAUUCCCUCAUAUGCCCAGUGAGCAGAAUCUUCCACAUGGAGAUACCAGCUGAGCAAAGCCAAA